AAGAAGAAGGUCCAACCACAGGAAGUGUGUGUCGCCCGGAAACCGUCUUAUUGUCGUUCAAGGUUCGUUCGCUUAGACGACGUAUUGAGCUGUGUACCUGAACGUGGAAUAGUUAACCUGGCGUGAAGAAAACACACAGCUAAGUAAUUGUUCCACAUCCUCACUCGUCGUCGAGUAAUAUCUGAUAUUGAAGGUGAGGUUUCGUUUUUGCCUCCGCACUGAGCGAGCUGUGUCGUCACUUAGCAGCAUAGCAUUCACAGCUAAUGUGAGCUAACCAGCGAAGGAAGACUAGCAGCCUUUUUUCCUCCCAUCAUCCAACACUACAAGUGUUUUUAAACAGUUGCGUGUUUUUUUAGUUACAACCUUCAAAAGAAAACAAUGGGGUCGUCCAAGAAACACAAGGAGAAGAGUCGCGACAAGGACACGGACCGUCGUGAGCAUAAGAAGCAUCGCCACAAGGACCGAGAUGCUGCAGACCGAGCAGAGGGGACUCGGGAUAAAGAGAAACGGAAACGCUCCAGGUCCCGGGAGAGAGGCGGACGAGAGGGCCGCAGCAAGGGUGAGAGGAGCACCGGAGAGCCACGAGUGAAGAAGGAGAAGGUUGAUGUUGGAUAUGAAGAAAGCAAUGCUCAGCCUCAGCCUCAGUCUGCAAGCGGAGACGCAUCUCUCAGCGUCGAGGAGACCAACAAACUCAGAGCCAAGCUGGGUCUGAAGCCUCUGGAGCUGAAUGAGAACAAGAAAGAGCUGGGCACCAAAGAGGAACCACUGGUGGCUGAGACCAUCAACCCUGUUCUCAUCAAAAGGCAGAAAGAUAUGAGAGAGAAGCUCGCGGCUAUGAAAGAAAAACGCAUCCAGAACCAGAAACUGGGGAAAGUCAAGACCAUAGCAGAGGACGACUGGCUGGAUGAUACAACUGCCUGGGUUGAGAGAAGCAGAAAUAUGGCGAAAGAAAAAGAAUUGGCUGAGAAAAGAGCCAAACUUCUGCAAGAGAUGGAUGAGGAGUUUGGUGUCAGCAAUCUGGUAGAGGAGGAGUUUGCACAGAAGAAAAAGGAUGCAUACACAGCUCAAGAUCUGAAGGGACUCAAAGUGCAGCACAAGGUGGAUUCCUUCAACGAGGGCCAGACUGUCAUCCUGACCCUAGAAGACAAAGGUGUACUCGAAGAGGAGGAAGAUGUGCUUGUGAACGUGAACAUGGUGGACAAGGAAAAAGCAGAAAAGAACGUGGAGCUAAAAAAGAAAAAGCCUGAUUACAAGCCCUAUGCAGAAGAGGAGAGUGUGGAUGAUAUGAUUACGAUUAAGCCCCGCAUUGUACUUUCAAAGUAUGAUGAGGAAAUUGAGGGAGAAAAGAAAAAGAGUUUCCGGUUGAAUACAGGCGGCUUUGCUGACGGUGAGCGAGAGCGGGAGAUUCAGGCCAUGAGAGAGGCUCUACAUAAUCAGGCCCAGACCUUGGACAUGCCUGCUCUCACCAUCGCCUCUGAGUAUUACUCACCUCAGGAAAUGGUGGGCUUUAAAAAGACAAAACGCCGUGUGAGGAAAAUCAGGAAGAAGGAGAAGCAGACGGCUGCAGAUGAGCUUCGCAUUGACGACACCCGCAGCACUGAUUUUGGCUCCAGGACACGCGGUCGAGGCCGCAAGAAGCUGGAUGAAGAAAGUGGGGAAGUAAAGGAUGAGGAGGAGAAGGAGAAGGAGAGCACAUUGGUACACGAUAUCCCCCUUCUGUCUGAUGACGUUAGGAUGGCAGAAAUGGACAUAAGUGAUGACGAAGACUUCACACCUCCUGAGCCAGCUGUAAUUGAGGAGGACGAGGCAGAGCAGGAGCUGCAGAAACAACUGGAGAAGCAGAGGAAGCUGAAGCAAAAGCAGCUCCUCAAAGACUCUGGGGAGAAGGUGGCAGAGAAGAUUAAAGAGCUCGAUAAAGGCAAAAUUGACAAUGAUCCUGAGAGGAAGAACAACAUUGUUUUCAACGCCACCUCAGAGUUUUGCAGAACUCUUGGUGAUAUUCCAACUUAUGGGCUGUCCGGCAACAGAGAGGACCAAGAGGACAUUAUGGACUUUGAAGAGAAAGAAGAGAAAGAUGAUGCUGGAGAUUCAGAAUCUGAAUUGGAUGACAAUGUUGGAUGGAGCACAGUUAACUUGGAUGAAGAGCAGAAACAGCCCGAUUUUUCCACAGCCUGUGCCACCAUUUUGGAUGAAGAGCCCAUUGUCAACUCCGGUCUUGCUGCUGCCUUGCUGUUGUGCAAAAACAAAGGUCUGUUGGACACUGAAAUGCAGAAGAUAGCCCGUGUGAGGGCAACAAAAGGCGCUUUGCCCAAUGACAACUACUGCAUCGAGGACAAGAUGGGCUUUGACGACAAGUACAGCCGCAGAGAAGAAUACAGAGGCUUCACUCAAGAUUUCAAGGAUAAAGACGGCUACAAGCCCGACGUCAAGAUCGAGUACGUGGAUGAAUCUGGGCGGAGGCUCACUCCAAAAGAAGCUUUCAGGCAGCUUUCACAUCGAUUCCACGGGAAAGGCUCUGGAAAGAUGAAGACAGAGAGGAGGAUGAAAAAGCUGGAGGAGGAGGCGCUGCUGAAGAAGAUGAGCAGCAGUGAUACUCCUCUAGGGACGGUGGCUUUGCUCCAAGAGAAGCAGAAAUCUCAGAAAACACCAUAUAUUGUGCUUAGUGGGAGUGGGAAAAGUAUGAAUGCAAACACCAUCACCAAAUAAGUCUGGGGGAGAGUGAAUUAUCUUUAACACAAUCAUACCCUGACACAUGCUUAGAUAUACACACACACAGGAUGUUUUAAGUAAAGUAAAUGCCUACUUCAUACAAGCUUUGUUGUUGUAGUAAAUAGUUGUCCAAUAAAACUAGUGCAAAUUA